UUAAAGAAGGAGCAGCUGAAUUCGUUUGGCGUUUCGAAGACUAAAAUGAAGAUCGUAAUAAUACUUAUGGAGGUUUUCUGUGUUGGCCUUGCCUUGUCUGUGAAACAAAGAAGUAGUCAAUUGAAUGGAAGUAGUAAUCAAUUACUAUUGUACUUCCUAACUAAAGUAGAAAAACUUGACACAAAAGUGGAUAAGAUUCAACUGGAGAAUACUGAAAUUAAAAGUAAACUAAAUGGUUUACAAACAGACAUUAGACUUUUAAAAGAUACGAUCCAAAACCAUUGUGACCACGGAUGGUUCAAAUUCAGGAAUAACUGCUAUUUAUUUACAUUCACCAGUGUAACAUGGCACCAUGCACAGGAUAUAUGUAAAUCAAAGAAAAGUAGCUUGGUAAAAAUAAACGAUGCAGUAGAAAAUCGAUGGGUAGGCACCAAAAUUACAAAUGCAGGUAAAACAGAGAUUUGGUUAGGUGGAAAUGAUCCGACUGGAAGAAAUAAAUGGAUGUGGAUUUCUGAUUUCACAGAGUUGUAUUACACAAACUGGUCCCCUGGCAACCCAAGUGAUAACAAAGAGCAAUGCAUGAUGAUGUAUUCAAGGUCGUUUAAGUGGAAUGAUGGAGAAUGUGACUCAAAGAGAGGCGGUUACAUCUGUGAAAAACGUUUAUAGAUAUCAGACAGGGAACGACAAUUUAAUGUUCUGGGGGAGCAGGAGGAUUUGAAAAAUAAAUAACUUAUCCGUGUAAGAACUGAACACAAGUCGGGAUGAAAAUGAAGAUUGUGCAUCAUAAAAUGCAUGAAACAAAUGUGUUCAAAAGUGAAAAUAAAAAAGUGUGUGUAGCAACAGAUGUAAAUAAAUUGUGAAACACGAAAAAAUCUCCUCCCCAGAAUAUCAAAUGGUCGUCCCUUAUGCGGUCGAUGCAUUGGCAAGAUUUCAGAACAUUUUUUUUAUGUGUUAUUCAACGGCUCAUUAGAUUUUAUCUCAAAUGAUAAGCAAAUUACAGCUAUUAAAAAGAAUGUUUAAGUUAUUCAUUAAAAGUUGUAAUGAUUUGAA